GAACCUAUGGUGAGAAGAUCCAACAGCGGGCGGACCUCAAGCGCAAACACGCGCGCCAGUACGCUUGUGAGGUUACUGACAACAGCCAUGGCCCUUCAAUGGCCCCUUCGUCUCCUUCGUGUACUUCACGUCCUACAUGGAAUAUAGAGACGUGUCCUGUUUUGUGGCCUCACCGACCCGAUUUCAGAAAACACCAAAGCCCUAGCUAGAGGCCUAGACACGGAAGACCUUAAAGACAGACCCAAUUCUACUUUCGUCUUCUGCUUCGCCAUUUUCAGUACCACAUAAACCUUGAGAAUCAGGUUCUUCGAUCUCUCUGUUUUCGCCUGAUCAGGGGUUUUAAGGGUGUGAUUCCUGUUAUAGCAUGAGUAUGCGGGAGCUAAGGGCAACUCCUAUAACGUACACGAGGAACUCACGUCGGAGGAAGGUGGCACUAGAUUUGGAUCUCAAUGUUUUGCCACCGAGUGAGCACCGGGACCAGGAGAGGACUUCGGUUCAUGGUGGGCCUCAUGAUGUGCAAGCUGGUCAACAAGACAUUAACUUACUCCCUGCAGCGAUUGAUCUUGAGGUGCUUGAUGAUGAUGUAAUCAUAUCUUCUCCCAGGGCAUUUGCAGAAGCUAAAAACAAUUCCAGGAGGAAUCAUGAAAGGACUGUUGUGGUUGAUGUAGAUUCUGGUAGUUCAGAAUUACUUGCUGAAGAGGUGCUUCUUUCUUUAGGCCAACGCGUACUGCAAUCAGAAGAAUGGUCAUCUAGGUUGACACUUAAUAACCGCCACAAGCGUAGAAGAGGUUCUGCGAACCAGACAAUUAUAAAUUGUGACCACUACAUAAACUUGGAAGGAAGUAGCAACUAUAUGAAAGAGAAUGCGAGGAAUGUGGCUUCACCUCCACCACCACCGCCAAAAGAGCCUACCUUUAACUGUCCUGUUUGCAUGGGUCCAUUAGUUGAGGAAAUGUCAACAAAAUGUGGUCAUAUUUUUUGUAAGGUGUGCAUUAAGGCUUCAAUAGCUUCUCAGAGAAAAUGCCCCACAUGUCGGAGGAAAGUCACCAUGAAAGAUACAAUUAGGGUCUACCUGCCUGCUGCCAGUUGAGUGCAAGGACUCAGAUAGGAUUGUGCGUGCCGGGCUUUUCGGGUGUCAUGUUUUGGCCAGAGUUUACCGUACCUCCAGGCCCAAUGUUAGGCGGCUGUAAUAUUUGGUUACAUUCUAGGUACCCCUUUGUGUAUGCGUUUACUGUCCAUGUCUAUGUGACUUGGGCAAAAACUAAGUAAUGCACCCCUCACUGGACACUAAUACAUUCCUUAUAUUUUUUUGCCAGAUUAUGGGACAAUUUAACCUUUUGCUAUCAAUAUUCGUAUAUCAUAUGCCAUUUUUCUUGUAAAUAUAUGAACUUGUAUCCUUGGUGAGCUACUAAUUAAAUACGAGUUUUAUUUUAUCAUUUGGUUUGAACUACUGAUGGAAUAUAUAUCUGACAGGUGUUUGGCUUGGACUUCUCUGGCUUGAAGCAGGAGUGUUCAUAGAGGCUGCUUUGGUGAGUUGACCAUCGGUGUGUCAUUUUUUAAACUUAUUACUCAGGAACUCAUAGUUUUAACGGUUAGAAAAUGAAGUCCUUGGGCGUAUAGAGUUGGAGUCGUAGAAACAGCUUCUUUGCAAUACUAGGGUAAGACUGAGUUCAUUCUACAGCGUCUUUGCAAUACUAGGGUAAGACCGAGUUCAUUCUACAGCGUCUUUGCAAUACUAGGGUAAGACUGAGUUCAUU